AUGGAUAUGUCCGACUCGUCUCGCCCUCCCGCCAUGUCGACUUUUCCCGACAUCAUGAACGAUCGCGCUUUGGACGAGAGGGAGAAGGGUUUCGAAGACAUGGACACCUGUCGGAUCUGUCACGGCGAGGCUGUUGAGCCAGAUGACCCCCUCUUCUACCCUUGCAAAUGCAGUGGCAGUAUCAAGUUCGUUCACCAGGCCUGUCUGGUGGAAUGGUUGGCUCACUCGCAGAAAAAGCACUGUGAGCUCUGCAAGACACCCUUCCGCUUCACCAAGCUCUACAAUCCGAAUAUGCCCCAGACCUUGCCCACACCUCUCUUCAUCAGACAUGCCGCGAUCCAAUGUUUCCGGACGCUGGUGACAUGGAUGCGCUUCCUCCUUGUGGCGUUUGUUUGGUUGGGAUGGUUACCAUGGUCGAUGCGUGCAAUCUGGAGAGCAUUGUUCUGGCUCGCAGACGGCCGCUGGUCGGCUAGCGGAGCUGCUCAGCAGCAACUUAUGGAAUCUUCACAAGAGGGUGCUACUCAGUGGGCUGGAAAUGGGACAGCGUCAAAUGCUAUAUUCAGUUCGAUGGCUUCGACGGCUGCAACUGCUACACCGUUACCGCAACCUCCAGCAAUCAACUUCCCAGCCGGUGACCCACUGAUGCUCACUCUGAUCAAGAAGAUCAUUCCGAACCUUUUCCUUCCCGCCUUUUCAUCAACUGCUGGACUGAAUGGCACGAGUCUGAAUGGCACGACGGGCGUCACAAAAACCCGAUACCCAUCGUGGCUGUCUGAUGUGAAAUUCCUCAACUCGCUGACACGCUAUCCGACCAUCAACAACAUGAUCAUCGAUAUGCUAGAAGGCCAGCUGAUCACUCUUAUAGUCGUCAUCGCUUUCAUUCUUCUCUUCCUGAUUCGGGAGUGGGUGGUCCAGCAACAGCCCAUGGCCAACAUUGCGGAGGGAGAGCGCGAAGCGGCAGUGCAGCUCAUUGCCAAUGAUCGGCUUAACGUGGAAUUGAAUCGUGCCAACGAGCUUCACGAGCAACCCAACCGGCUCAACGAGGACGAAGCUGCCAAUCGAGAGGCUCGACUACGCCAGCCUCUAGAAGAGCAUGAAGGAUUCCCUGACGAACACUUCCCACAACGGUCCGCUACACAUUCACCUGCGCCGUCAUGGACCGACUCCGAUGACGGUCUUCCUGCGCUUGAAAGAGAGGUGGCACCUCGCGAUGUUCUUGCCAGCGAUCAUUUCUCUGGUAACGCUGAGAUAGAAUUUGGCAGCCCAGCUUUCGAACAUCAGGAGCAGACACCCCAUCCUGGUGUGACAACGUUCCGUGAUCUCCUAGCUCGAUCAAACGGCGAUCGUGGCGAAAUGCUGCGAAUUAUACGGGAGGAAGGCCUUGAAGACGAGCUUGACUGGAUAGUCAACGCGCUUACUGGGCCAGGCGUGAACGAAAAUGUUGCCGGGCCUUCAAACCAAGACUCUCAGCACUCUCCGAACGCAUUUAAUGAGGAGCACGAUGCGUCCGCACCCCAAUUGCCCGAGUAUGAGCAAUCGCCUUCUGUCGCAGACCCCAGCGUAGAUUUAUCUACCGGUAACGAUCUCGGGCCCACGGACGCUCAGGACACCCAAGACAGCCCGAGCAUUCAGGAAAACGAGCCACCCAAAGGGAUUAUGAGGCGACUUGCAAACUGGUUCUGGGGGGAUCUCACUUUCUCUGAGCUUGAUGAUGCAGAAGCUCCUCUGGAAGAUGAUGCGCGCGUCAUCCAAGACCCUGCCCUCGAAGACCCGUUCGUGCCUGUCCAACCUCGUGCGGAGGAUCAACCAGUUGAUGUGGUUGCAGAUGCCGCAGCAGCCGAGGUUGAUCCCGACGGAAUCGAAGCAGAUGAUUUCGACGGAAUUAUGGAUCUUAUUGGCAUGCAAGGCCCGAUCUUCGGAUUGUUGCAAAAUGCCGUCUUCUGUGCACUUCUGAUUGCCUUUACAGUGGCCAUCGGCAUCUGGCUGCCAUACUUGUGGGGCAAGAUUGCCCUUGUUCUGCUUGCCAACCCCUUGGAACUAAUCGUCGGCGUGCCGAUGGCUGCUGUUACGGUGGUUGCCGACAUCGCUCUUGAUACCUUGAUUGGCGUUGUAGGCUAUGUCAUGUACUGGCUGAGCUUUGUCUUUAAAGUUGUCCUUAGUCCCUUCAGCGCCUUUGUCCCUGCCAUUGAUUGGAUUCCACGCGGCAAGUCCGUUACCAGUGCCUCGCUGUCCCUCAUCGAUGCCAGUACCAAUCGCCUCAAUAAAGUGGUCAAGGCGUUCCUUGUCUUCCACGAGUCCGAUAUUCCUAUGUUUUCGGUAAUAUCACAUCAGGCACUCAAGCUUCAUCAGGCGCGUAUUGGGUCGGUCUUCCAAUUCGCCUUCGACACCGUGAAGUUUAUUUUGCACGACUUUCCACUCCGCCUCAUCACCCUCGGACUCCCAGGGGCUCUUUCCUUCGACAUUGAUCUGUCCCUGUUGCAAAAGACGAUAUCUCAGACUCAGCAACAUCUGGGCAGCUUAAUCAAGACUCCUCUUUUUAAUUCUGGAAGCAAGCUGAUGGAUGCCGGCGCGGCAAGUGCAGCAGAGGCCGCCAAAGCAACCAUGUCUGUCGACUAUGACCUGGCUGUCUGGGAUACAAAGGAUCGGGCUGUCGCCAUCCUGAUGGGCUACACGCUUGCAACAACGGUGGGCUUCCUCUACCUUCGGAUCACUGGACUCAUGUCAGGGGCCAAUCGCGGGCAAAGAGUUGAGGGCAUUGUAGCGGAAGUCCUUCUCCAGGCAGGCGGAGUUAUGAAGGUCAUUCUCAUCAUCGGCAUUGAGAUGAUUCUGUUCCCUCUUUACUGUGGUACAUUGCUCGACCUUGCCUUGCUUCCUCUAUUCUCUGACGCAACCGUGAUGUCGCGCAUCGCAUUUACGGUCUCUUCGCCACUUACAUCGCUUUUCGUCCACUGGUUUAUCGGUACAUGCUAUAUGUUCCAUUUCGCCUUAUUUGUGUCCUUGUGUCGGAAGAUUCUGCGAAGCGGUGUCCUCUACUUUAUUCGCGACCCAGACGAUCCAACUUUCCAUCCGAUUCGCGAUGUCCUUGAGCGCAGCAUCACUACGCAACUCCGCAAGAUCGGAUUCAGUGCCAUGGUCUACGGUGCACUGGUCAUUCUCUGCCUCGGGGGAGUAGUAUGGGGACUCUACUUUGCAUUUGACAGUGUGCUGCCCAUCCAUUGGUCCUCCAACGCUCCUAUGCUCGAGUUCCCCAUCGAUCUACUGUUUUACAAUUUCGUCAUGCCAUUGGCAAUUCAGUCCGUCAAGCCCUCGGAUGGCCUGCACGACUUGUACAACUGGUGGUUCCACAAAUGCGCUCACUACUUGCGCCUCAGCAAUUUCUUCUUCCCCGAAAGACAUCCUGAGGAAGAGGGUUACCAUGUCCGACGUACCUGGUGGAGCUUGCUGUCCGGAAGCAAGGGUGACUGGGAACAUCCAGUUAUCGGAGAGGAGGAACAGGCUGCCGCAGAAAAGGAAAACCGUGAAACAUACUUCCUGCGGGACGGCAGAUACGUUCGCGCCCCUGCUUCUGACCAGGCCCGCAUUCCCAAGGGAACGAGGGUCUUUUUGGAUGUGACUGAGGACAAUGAACGUGUCGAUGGAAGCCCCGAUCCCGACGAUGGCCUCCACGGUCGGACCAGCAAUAUGUUCACCAAGGUGUACAUACCUCCUUCCUUCCGGACUCGCAUCGCCGCUUUCAUUCUCUUGAUCUGGCUGUUUGCCGCUGCCACUGGCGUAGGCAUCACUAUUGUUCCCCUGGUCAUUGGUCGGAGGAUUGUCGCGCUGUACUUCUCCAGUCCCGUUCCAGUGAACGACAUCUAUGCCUUCUCCUGUGGACUGUGUGUGGUUGGUAGCCUCGCUUACGUUGCCCUUUCAUGCCACGCCGCGGUGCUAGCAAUGAAAGAAAACCCGGGCUCAUACCUGCGAUCACCCCAAGAAAUGGGCCAGGUUGGUCUCAACUUGGCAAGGGAUGCGGGCCGCCUGCUGUACAUGUCGGGUGUCUUGGUUAUCUUACUCCCGACAUCGUUUGCAAUACUGACUGAGCUAUACAUUCUCAUUCCAGCACACACCUUGAUGGGAGAUGGUUCAUCCCAUGUUGUCCACGUCGUCCAAGACUGGACACUGGGGGUCCUAUACGUGCAAAUGGCGAUCAAGUUGACUCUGUGGCAUCCUCAGUCCCGGCCCGCCGUCGUUUUCUACCGCAUAUUCCAAGAUGGUUGGUUGCGACCUAACGUCAAACUUGCGACGAAAGCUUUGGUGCUUCCUCUAUCGCUGUUUACCGCCGCCGCAGUCUUCGUACCUCUGAUACUAGGCGGGGCGUUGCGGUGGACGAUCUUCUAUACACAAAAUGAGGCGCAGUCCUUGGUCUAUCGCUAUGCAUAUCCAACGACCCUGUUAGUUGUGUUGGCCGCGUGGACAGUCCACCUCAUUCAUCACCGGGUGGCGAUCUGGCGUAUCAGCAUUCGUGACGAUGUAUACCUAAUUGGGGAGCGUCUGCACAACUUCAGCGAGAAGCGCGCACGUGAUGUCGGAGUAUCGCGACGAGUGAUCACAGGAUAG